AUGAAAUAUUUACGCAAUUUAUUAUUAAGAAAAGCUGCAAUUGAAGAAGAAUUAUAUGGAUGUGAACAAUCAAUAAUAACUUGUAAAGAAGCAUUACGUAUUUGGAAAAAUGAAUAUGAACCUACUUUAACAAAUAAUGUUCAUCAUUCUCAAGGAAUAAGAAAUUCAAGUAGUGGAAAUUGUCCAAGUACUCGAUCACAAAAUGCCUCAAUAAAUUUUGAAAUUGAUGGUAAACAAACAGUAAAUAGUCAACAAGGAACAUUAAAUAGUUGA